AUGACACAAUUUAACCAAACACUCUGUAAGGAGAUUCGAGCCCUUCGAGAAGAGAAUCAAAACCUUCAGCAAAAGAAUAGAGCUUUUUGUAUGGAGAACAAAGCCUAUUAUCAGGAGAAUCAAAGUAUCCAAAGACAGAACAAAGUCCUUUGGGAAGAGAAUAAAAUCCUUCAAGAGAGGCAUAGGGACUCUUCAGAGGAAACAAAGCACUUGGAGAAACAGCAAAAGGCCCUCCAACAACAAAAUAAAGCCCUCAGAGAAGAGAUUAAGGCUCUCGAAGGACAAGAAAGAGCAUUUGCAAUGGAGGAAAAAGCUCUUCAGCAAAAGAUUUUAGCUUUAUGGGAGGAAAACAAGGCCUUCAAGGAGCAGCUUAAGGCUCUUCAAAAGGACAACAAAGCCAUUCAGGAAGAGGAGAAAGCACCUUGUGAGGAAAAAAAUGCCCUCAGUGAGGAGAAACUUGCUCUCCAAGAGGAGAACAGGGCCCUUCAAGACGAGAAAAAUGAAUGCCCUACAAAGUCAGGAGAAAGCUCUCCAAGAAGAACACAAAGUCCUCCAAGAAUGGAAUAA